UUGAUGCGCGGUGGUUUUCGUAUUGACGAACCUGUUUAAAUUAUUUUGCUAACAAUCAGUGCAUUUCAUGUUUGAAAUAUUUCUGUUCAUACAUUCUUUUCUGCUUUUAAAUGUCGUUAUUUCUAAACGUCUCAUCAAACAGGAGGAUGGACUACAUAUCAGUAAACAGGAAUAUACGCAUGCGCGUAAUGUUUUGAAUUACUAAUUGUAGUUUCGUUAUAAAUCAGAUAUCAAAACAAAUUAUAUCGUGGACGGCUUUAAAAACAAGAUAAAAAAUCUACAAGCAAGUACAAAACAUUAUCUGUUAACCAAAUAUAUAUUGCAGAUUAUUACCUUUUUCAAAGUGAAACUUGAAAAACAUAAUGGCGGAACUGGGUGAAAAAUAGAGUUAAAAAUGUGUGCAUACUUGGAAAUAAUUGCUAGAACAGAAGACAAGGAUAUAAGCGGUAUAAAAGGACUAGAAAAUCAUUUUGAAAACUUUUCACUCGAAAACAGAAACACAUUCAAUUAGGACUUCUUCAGAAUUUAGAAUUUCUUACCCAAGGCAAAAUUGACAGAACGCUUAGACUAGAAAUCAAUGCAGAAGAGAUAGGAGAAUGAUGUUGUUAAUGGACAACUGUUAUAAAAAAGAAAUUCAAGAAUCUAUAAGACAGUAGAGAGCGUUACUUGUUAAGCAUAAACAUAUAUAAAGCAACCAUUUAUCUGAAGGUGAAACGAUAAUAAAAUAAUGACAGAAUCGAUUGAAAGCAAUAUUUUAGUACUGUAUGCAUGUUUGGAUGAAAUUGCUAGGACUGAAGACUAUGAGAAAAGCGGUAUAGAAAACUUAGCAGGUCGUUUUUAAACAUUUUUUCGCCCGGAAAUAAAGGAUCCACCGGAAGUUAUUUAUUUAAAAUUAGGACUUCUUCAGGAUGCGGAUUUUCUUACCACAGGCAAGAUUAGCAAAACUCAUAGAAUGCAAAUCUUUGCAAAAGAUAUAGGAGAUACGUUUGUGAAUGGGGAUUCGUUGCUAUUACGUGCAAUAAACGUGAAGAAGAACAGCCCCGGAAAAGAAUUCUCGACAAAAUUAUCAAGUGUAUAAUAAAAAACUGUCCGAAAUUAAUCAGUUUUGAGAAGAUACAUAAAAACUGUAAAGGUGUGACCCCAGUGCAUCUAGCAAUUGUGCAAGAAGACAAAAAACUUUUUGAGAUUAUGGCAGAUACACUUGAUGAAGAGUUUGACACACGUCAACAGAAAUUAGAAUUAAGGAGAAUCCAUGCAGAAGGCGCCAUACUUCAAGAUACAGUUAUGAUGGCUGGGACUCUACUUGGGGUCGCUUCUUUAAAAUUUAACGAAGAUAUAUUCUGUAUCCUCCUUAAGAACUUUGUAUCGCAAUUGGAUGCUACAAACAAAAAAGGCGAUAGCAUUAUACAUUCGGGAUUGGACGCUAUAAACGAAAAAGGCGAUAAUAUUAUACAUUCUUUGAUAAAGUAUGCACACAUCAAACCAGCAAAGCUCGAUUCCGUGCUCAGAAUGGUCAGUUUCAUUCUGGAUUAUCAAUUAAUCAAAAGAGGAUCGAAGUACGAGAAGAAAAAGAUAGGUUCUAGCGCUUUCUUUUGGGAUAAUCAAUGGACUUGGGGGAAAGAUGUGCGUAAACUACUGAUGAUGACGAACAAAGAGAAACUCACCCCACUGCAGUUGGCAGCUAAAAGGCAGCAGUUCAAAAUCUUUGAAGUAAUCAUUAAUCAUGAGAAAUGAUAAAAUAGUGUCAGCAUAAACUGUACGAAACAACUAUUCCAAAGAUUGCACAGCGCAGUGGAGAGAUGUCCACGCAGUUGAUUAAUAUAUAUUUGUUUUGUUUUUUGUGUUGGGUUUAACGUCGCACCGACACAAUUAUUGGUCAUAUGGCGACUUAAAUUAUAUUUGAUAGUAAGUGGCGAUUGAAAUAAUGUACAUUUAAGUUGUUCUUGUUUCUUAAGAAGAUAAGAAUGAGUCUAACCAUAGAAUGUACAGACACUUUCUUAUAAACAAAAAUUAUAAAAUGUUCUUAAGUAUGAUAAGUAUAAAAUUCAACUAAAAUAUGCUUUAAAUUACAGUUGCCUACAACGUUUUUGUUCUUUUUGAUCAAAUGUUAAAUACAUACUUUGUAUUCCGCAAAUAAACAGAAGCUGACAGACAUCAAAGUAGUUGGGGAUCCGAUGUCGCAUUUUGCCGUACCUGGUCUGCUUUUAUUUAUAUUCAUUAUCUGGAAAAUAAAUUGGUUUCAGUACAGUUUAAAGUCAUUUUAGUUCAGAUAAUAAGAAACAUAUGUUGAAAGUAUGUAAUGAAAGGGUCAUUAUGCAGCAGCUUCGGGUAUUGAGAAUUUUACAAUAUCUAGAUCUAGGUAAUUCAAGCAUUACGUAGUUAUGAUACUGGAUAUUAGCAUAAGCAUUUCAUACAAUGUCUUUAUAUAUAAGGAUGCUAUUAACUAUUAGGGGAUAUUAUAAAAUAUAAGAAAAGUAAACGCUUCUGUAUCUGGUAAGAUGAUACUAUUUUGGUAUUUAAAGUCUAUUUAGCGUAUUGAAUUGCAUCGGGACUGGGACAAUGCAUAACCUGUGUAAAUUCUGGAUUUGUUCAUUGAAUCAGUUUUGUCAUUAUAAUUAUCAUUUAAAACGUUUCAUUUUUACAGAAUUUUAUGUAAUCAAUUUAUAUUAUAUUAAAGCGCGCAAUUUCUUACAGAGUACCCAGUUAAACUUACAAGAAAAUCCCUUUGAAAUAUAGAAUAAAGACCAUACAAUUUUUUAUCAGAUUCGGAGGUUUGAUUGAGUUUGUUUAUUUAGAAUUAAAAAUAAAAGGAAAUCGCAUCACCACUCAAGCUCCCUAGCAACGGCUUAAGCGGAAUUCUAUUACAAAGACUGCAUGAGCUCUAUUAUCCCGAAGGAAUAAAACAUAAGUGACAUGACGAAUGUUGUUUUUUUCGGAUCGGCCCUCUCGCAUAUCUCAGGAUUAAUUAAUUUUAACAUAUCGAUAAGUUUAUUCUCCGCGCCCACAGGCGCGGAGUAUUUGUGAUGGGUUUUUUUGUGAGUGCAGUGCAGUGUAUGUCGUAAAUGACGAUUUUUCCUUUUGAUUUGCAAAAUUUCAUUUUUUUUUAUAUUUUUAAUGUCUGAUCUGGCCCAUAAUAACUGCAUUGUAUUUAACAACACAAAAAAGAUAUUCAAGUUUCACUAGAAAAAACGAAGCAGGAAAGAAAUCAAAGAGCAGAAAAGAAAGCAAAUUAUGUCGGACAUAAUGUGGAAAAUUCCUUUCGUCUUCAGUUUGAUGAAUACACCAGAAAGAAGGUUACCUUUUUCGUGUGUAAUAAAUAUCAUUUGUUAUUUUAUUUUGAAUAUUGAUUAAUUAUAUUGUAGGCAUUGUUAUUUGACACAUUCAUUUCAAAUAAUAGGGGGGUAUAUGUCUUUUAUACCAACCGAAAUUCCGGAUACUGCUUUGUAAAGUUAAUUUAUGCUAUUUUUUAAACUCGCUUUAUUGUGUUACUUCUAUUGGUACAUUUGUAUGUAUAUAAGUAAGUUUUCUGUGGUUUUCCACCUUUUUAUUUUAUACUACUUCUUCUGAAUAAGCAUUUGUUAAAGAUUGUUGUGCAUUUGUUAAGGAUGUUGUAUAUCGUGUUGUUACUAUGUCGUUGUUUCUAUGUAUUAAGUUUGCAACCCAUUCUGCAACUCCUUAAAGGUACAAGGCUAUGGCAUCUUAAUGUAGGAUCGGCUAUGCCCAUUCCUUGUGUCUUGUAUUUUUAGUUUUAUAUUGAUUAUUUUUUAAAUUAAGUAUUUAUGUUUGAGAUACAUAAUUAUAGUCAACGUUUUACAAAUGUCACCUAACAAUAAGGCAAAAACUGGCCUUUGAACCAAAGUGACUUGCAUUUCAAAGUAUCCUUGCUCUAUUAUCUCAAUGAAGGUUUCUUACAGGCUGACCUUUAGCAAUAUCAGCAAUUUAUGUUGUAGCAUGUAGCCUUCUGCCUUAUUUCGAGGUUAGAAAUAUCCCCUUUUACUAAAUUAAAAACAAAUUUUCUUUUAUUUCAUGCAAAUUGCUGAAAACCAAGCGAAUGAUUUCGCACAGAUGGAAAAUUAAAAAAGAUUGGUGAACUCACUCACUUAAGCCCCAAAAAGGGUAUGUAAGAACAUUAAUGGUUUAUAUGACAAUGACACUGACAAUUUAUUUAUUAUAUGUGUAUAAUGACAAGCAUUAUGUUAAUAGUAUUGUGAUAAUGCGUUGUUUGCACAAGUCUAAUAAAACAUCUUUUCCAAUU